CAGUUUAGAGUUCGGACGUAUUUCCAUGAGUUUCAUUUUUGUAUAAAACACUCAGUACGAUUCCAUUAUGCAUAAGUACAUGGAUUGGGGAAAAAAAAAACAAUCAAAUGGAUAACAUUCCGAAGCCUUCAUCCCAUGCAUAAGACCCCGAUCGCACAUGCAGUUGUCUAUACAACGAGACCAUUGAAUUGAUCGUAAGAAUUGACAUUCCAAAGUCCUUUCGAGACACGCACUCUAUGGUCGUCGCCAAAUCUAAAUGGUUCAACACUCCUGAUCGUAAUUAUAAUACUGAACAAAUUGUCAGUUUCCUUCAUUUAUUAAGCAGAGCAACAAAAUCACAGAAAUUGGUCUACGAACUCAGCAGCAAUAUCAUUUCACUUCAAAUGAAUUGCAUACUAAGAAGGAUCUCCUAGGUUACGGUUUUUUUUACAGCCGACACUUUAUUUUUAUUUUUGCUACCCGUAUAAUUGAAAGCCUCUCUCCCCUCCCCUCCCCUCGCAUCACGCAAAUCACUUCCUCAACUUCUGUUGCACUUCUCCAGCUCCUCUCAAUACCAAUUCAUUACAAACAAAUUCACCACUCGCAAAUUUAUCGGCAAACAACAACGUAGCCUUUCUCGUGCUCCCAUACUCCACCUCCCGCGUCGCGCGUAAUCAUUUACUGCUGCUCAUACUUCCACUACCACCGUAGUGUAAACUUUAAAUUAGCCCCACCCUUCCUCCAACGCUGAACUUCAGAACGCCGCUACUGCAUUUGAAAACCGCACAAACCCAGCCUGCGCCCGGAGCCCCGUAAAUUACCAGUCGUUCACCUCCCCAAUCUUCGUAAUGUCUCAAGAAAUAAACAUUAAAAACAAAAUCUUGGCAGAUCUAACUGCUCCUACGCCCCAGAACACACCGUUAACGAAAUUUGGUCUCGACAAGUCCGUACUAGAAGCUGAGAAGCAGGCCAACGGAUCAUCGAAUACUGCUAAGAAAGUCGAAGAAGAGAUUCAAGGACUUUUAAAGGAAAACCCGCAAAUGGUGCAAAUGGUUGAGAGCAAACUCAGCUCGUUAAUUGGACAGUCCUCUGGUUACAUCGAGUCGCUCCCCAAGGACGUGAAACUCCGUGUGAAGGCGCUGAAGGGAAUUCAGGAAGAAUCGAAGACCAUUCAAGUCGAGUUCCGCAAGCGCAUGUUGGAUCUGGAGAAGGUGUUUUUCAAGAAGUACCAACCUCUUUAUGCCAGACGUGCUGAGAUCGUCAACGGCUUAAGCGAGCCCAAAGACGAGGAGCUGGACCCCGAAGUUCCUUUGGGUGAGCCUGAUGACGAAGUCGUUCGUGGAAUUCCCGAGUUUUGGUUGACUUGUAUUCGAAACACGUUCCUCGUGUCAGAAAUGGUGAGCGAACGCGAUGCUCAAGCUCUCCGCUACUUGGAAGAUAUCCGCGUCACGGAUUUGGAGAAUGACCAGCCUGGUUAUUGCCUUGAAUUCCAAUUUGCUGAGAAUCCCUUCUUCAAAAACUCCGUCCUUAAAAAGAAGUACUAUUACCAGGAGGACCUCAACGUGUCUCCAGAUCAGGAGCUGCUGUACCACCAUGCUGAGGGCGAUAAGAUUGACUGGUCUAAUGUUUCUAAUAACUUGACUGUGACUGUCCGCACGAAGAAGCAACAUAACCGUCGUACUCAGGAGACCCGUACCGUUCGCACCACAGUUCCCGCGGAAAGCUUUUUCAACUUUUUCACUCCCCCUACCUUGAAUGAAGAUGAUGAUGAGGACGACAGUCUGAUGGAAGAGAAGGCAGAGCUCGUGGAACUGGAUUACCAGUUGGGUGAGGUGUUUAAGGAUCAUGUUGUUCCCUUCGCUGUCAACUGCUUCUUUGGAGAGCCCAGCGGUAUUGAGGAUGAUGAGGAAGAGGAUGACAAUGACAGCUUGCUCGAAGCUGAGGACAGUGAGGAAGACGAACUCGCAGGAAGUCCCUUGAGUGAGUAAGUGAGUAUAGUUGCAUCUCACUUAACGUGUUAAAACAUGUGUGUGCCCUGAACAGUUCUGGAAUAGGCAUCAUGUUUCUUCGUCAUACUUUUUGUUGCUCGCAAUAAUAAUUGCAACUAUGAUACUGAGCUACGACGGAUUUACUGUGGGUUGAGACAUUUUUCGUUUUUUUUUAGAAUCUUACCCGACUGUUGAAUCGUCUGCCGCUCUUUUUUUGCUACGUACUUUUAAAUUAUUACAUCUUAGUUUUAUUAUUUCUCUUCGUUAGUGAUUGUAACGUGCCUUUGGAAUCCGACCUUUCCGGUGCGCCUCUGUCAGGACUGAGGCCUACAAAAACGAAUUGUUACUUUUACUCUCACGUUCUUGUUCCCUGUAAUGACUUUUGUAUACGAAUUAUGAAUGCUAUGAACGUUACUCUUACAUAUUAUUAUUCAACUUCUGUUUGCUUCUUUCUCCU